GUGUGUGUGAGAGCAAGCGGAGAGAGCAGCCAUGGCUGAGGGGGGCGAAGGAGAAGAGGAGAUCCUCUUCCUUCGAACAGAUGAUGCAGUAGUUCUUCAGUGCACUACGACCAUUGUCAAAGCGCAGAUUAAGCUCUGCCUUUCUGCUGAAGGAUUUGGAAAUCGGCUUUGUUUCCUUGAAGCUACAUCAAAUGCAAAGAAUGUUCCUCCAGACCUUGCAAUUUGCAGCUUUGUGUUGGAGCAGUCGCUCUCUGUGCGAGCCCUGCAGGAGAUGUUGGCUAACACUGUUGAAAAGGGGAAUGAGUCUUCUCAGGGAGGAGGUCAUAGAACUCUUUUGUAUGGUCAUGCUAUUCUACUCCGACAUUCCCACAGUGGCAUGUAUUUAUGUUGCUUGACCACCUCAAGGUCUUUGACAGACAAAUUAUCCUUUGAUGUUGGACUUCAAGAAGAUGCUUCAGGAGAGGCUUGCUGGUGGACCAUCCAUCCAGCUUCCAAACAGAGAUCUGAGGGUGAGAAAGUACGAGUAGGUGAUGACCUCAUCCUCGUUAGUGUUUCUUCCGAGAGAUAUCUGCAUUUGUCUUAUGCCAGUGGAGAUUUACAAGUGGAUGCCUCCUUCAUGCAGACACUUUGGAAUAUGAACCCUAUCUGUUCAGGCUGUGAGUUAGCUGAAGGAUACCUGACUGGUGGGCAUGUACUGCGCCUCUUUCAUGGUCACAUGGAUGAAUGUCUCACAGUGGCUGCAUUCGAUCAGGGUGAAGAUCAGCGCAGGUUGGUUCACUAUGAAGGGGGUGCAGUCUGCAGCCACGCAAGAUCCUUGUGGAGACUCGAACCGUUGCGCAUCAGCUGGAGUGGUAGCCACAUGAAAUGGGGUCAGCCUUUCCGUAUUCGUCAUGUUACCACAGGCAAAUACUUAGGCCUGGACGAGGAGAAAGGGCUUUUACUUUUUGAUCAAGAGAAAUCAAAUAUCAAAAUCACCUCAUUUUGUUUCCGAAUCUCAAAGGAUAAAAUCGAUGUAGCGCAUAAAAGAGAUAUAGAAGGCAUGGGAAUCCCUGAGAUCAAGUACGGUGAGUCGAUGUGCUUUGUCCAACACGUGAACAGUGGACUUUGGUUGACUUAUGCAGCAGCUGAUACCAAAACAGUCCGUUUGGGACCCUUGAAGAGGAAAGCUAUACUACAUCAAGAAGGACACAUGGAUGAUGCACUUUCAUUAUCACGCUCACAACAAGAGGAAUCCCAGGCUUCUCGAAUGAUCUACAGCACAAAUGGCCUCUUCAAUCAAUUCAUUAAAGGCCUGGACAUGCUAAGUGGGAAGAAUAAAUCUUCAGCUCCAGUGACCCUACCUAUUGAUACGAUGGUGCUGAGCCUUCAAGAUCUGAUCAGCUAUUUCCAGCAUCCUGAGGAAGAGCUUGCGCAUGAAGAGAAACAGACCAAAUUGCGCUCACUAAAAAACAGACAGAAUUUAUUCCAGGAAGAGGGCAUGAUCCAGCUGGUAUUGGAUUCCAUUGACAGACUGAAUAUGUAUAACAGUGCAGCUCAUUUCUCAGAGUUUGCAGGAGAAGAAGCGGCUGAAUCCUGGAAAGAAAUUGUUAAUCUCUUUUAUGAAUUGCUUGCUUCCCUCAUCCGUGGCAAUCGCAGAAACUGUGCUCUAUUCUCUGAUAAUCUAGACUGGUUGGUGAGCAAGUUGGAUCGACUAGAGGCUUCCUCAGGUAUCCUGGAAGUGUUGUACUGUGUUUUGAUUGAAAGUCCUGAGGUUCUGAACAUCAUAACGGAAAACCACAUCAAAUCAAUCAUCUCUCUGUUGGACAAACAUGGACGAAAUCACAAGGUGCUGGAUGUAUUGCGCUCUCUCUGUGUCUGCAAUGGUGUGGCUGUACGAUCCAAUCAAAAUCUUAUUACGGAGAAUCUCCUUCCAGUCCGUGAUCUGCUGCUCCAAACAAACUUGAUUAACUAUGUCACCAGCAUGAGGCCUAAUAUAUUUGUGGGCACAUAUGAAGGUUCUACGCAGUACAAGAAGUGGUACUUUGAACUGAUAGUGGAUUAUGUUGACCCAUUUGUAACACCACAGUCUACUCAUCUGCGAGUGGGCUGGGCUUUAACAGAGGGUUACAGCCCUUACCCAGGAGGAGGUGAGGGUUGGGGAAGCAAUGGAGUUGGAGACGAUCUGUAUUCCUAUGGUUUUGAUGGACUUCAUCUGUGGUCAGGACAUAUUGCCAAGGCAGUUGCUUCACCUGAUGCACACAUGCUUGCUGCUGAUGAUGUUGUUAGCUGCUGCCUUGAUUUGAGUGUCCCCAGUAUCUCUCUCCGGAUUAAUGGCCACCCAGUACAAGGCAUGUUUGAGAACUUCAACAUUGAUGGUCUCUUCUUCCCUGUGGUUAGCUUCUCUGCAGGAGUCAGGGUUCGAUUCUUAUUGGGUGGUAGACAUGGAGAUUUCAAGUUCUUGCCUCCUCCUGGUUACUGUCCUUGUUAUGAAGCAUUGCUACCUAAGGAAAGAAUCAGAAUUGAACCCAUCAAAGAGUACAAGCAUGACUUUGACGGUAUUCGAAACCUCCUAGGACCCACACAAUCACUAUCACAUACUGCAUUUGCUCCCUCACCUGUGGAUACAGCUCAGAUUGUCUUACCACCUCAUCUGGAACGGAUACGAGAGAAAUUAGCUGAAAACAUCCAUGAACUUUGGUCAGUGACAAAGAUCGAGUUAGGUUGGACAUAUGGAACAAUUCGAGAUGACAACAAGAAGCUGCACCCAUGUCUUGUGGAGUUUAGCGGACUGCCUGAACCCGAGAGAAACUACAACUUACAGAUGUCUGGUGAAACUCUAAAAACCCUGUUAGCGUUGGGUUGCCAUGUUGGAAUGGCUGAUGAAAAGGCAGAAGAAAAUCUGAAGAAAAUAAAAUUGGCCAAAUCGUACCUGAUGUCAAGUGGAUACAAGCCUUCUCCACUUGAUCUUUCCCAUGUGAAACUGACUCCAGCUCAAAAUACUUUGGUGGACAAACUGGCUGAAAAUGGUCACAAUGUCUGGGCAAGGGACCGCAUCCGUCAAGGAUGGACAUACAGUAUUUUGCAGGAUAUCGCUAACAAGAGAAAUCCCCGCCUUGUACCAUACAACCUCCUGGAUGAACGUACGAAGAAAACUAACAGAGACAGUCUUUGUGAGGCUGUCCGUACCCUGAUUGGUUAUGGCUACAACAUUGAGCCACCAGAUCAAGAAGCCACUGCCCAUAUCCCAGGUAUCGGCCGCAAUGAGAAGGUACGGCUCUUCCGUGCUGAGAAAUCAUACGCAGUGAAGAGUGGGAAGUGGUACUUCGAGUUUGAAGCUUUGACUGUAGGAGAAAUGAGGGUAGGAUGGGCACGACCUGAGUGCAGGCCUGAUAUACCACUGGGUGUUGAUGAUCUCGCCUUCGUGUUUAAUGGAUUUAAGGGUCAGCGUUGGCACAUAGGGAGUGAACCGUUUGGCCGUACUUGGCAGUCAGGCGAUGUGGUUGGUUGUAUGAUUGACUUACAUGACAUGAACAUCAUGUUCACGCUCAAUGGAGAGAUGCUUAUCAGAGACUCUGGCUCUGAGUUGGCAUUCAAAGACAUUGAAAUAGGCGAUGGGUUCGUUCCUGUGUGCAGCCUGGGCCUUUCUCAGGUCGGACGCAUUAACCUGGGCCAAGACGUUAGCAGCCUGAGAUAUUUCACCAUAUGUGGUUUGCAGGAAGGCUUUGAACCCUUUGCUGUGAACAUGAAGCGGGACAUCACAAUGUGGUUCAGCAAAAGUUUGCCUCAGUUUGUUCCUGUUUCCACAGAUCACAGUCAUGUUGAGGUUACAAGGAUUGAUGGAACAGUUGACAACCCUCCUUGCUUGAAAGUUUCCCAUAAAACUUUUGGGUCUCAGAACAGCAAUACUGACAUGCUGUUCUUCCGUCUCAGUAUGCCUGUUGAGUUCCAUGAUACAUUCAAAUGCACUCCUGGAACUACACCAUUGACCAGAAUGACAAUCCUAGAAGAAGAAGUCGAAGAUAUUGAUGUGGAUUCAGAGUUUGAAGUUCUUAAAAAGUCAGCCAGCCGGGCUCAAACUGAAACACCUACCAAUGAUAAAGAGGGCUCCAAAGAAGCACCCAAGGAAUUGGCUAAGACAGAAAACGAUAAAGAUGCCUCCUCUGAGAAAAGUAAACCAAAAACGAGGUUCCUAUUUAAAAAGAAACCUGCCUUCAUUGCUCUACCUCCAGCAAUACCGACUGUAACCCGCCUGAUAGAGGAUGUUGUGCCAGAUGACAGGGAUGACCUGGAGAUUAUUUUGAACACAACAACGUAUUACUAUUCUGUGAAGAUAUAUGCUGGACAGGAACCAGGCGGAGUGUGGGUUGGCUGGGUAACCCCAGACUUUCAUCAAUACGAUGGCAACUUUGAUCUAACUAAAGUUCGCACAGUAACUGUCUCAGUGGGAGAUGACCAAGGAAAAGUCCAUGACAGCAUGAAGCGCAGCAAUUGUUAUAUGGUUUGGGGAGGAGAAUUUAGCAACUCCCAGCAAGCAAGCCGCAGUAACGUUGAUCUGGAGAUUGGCUGCCUUGUUGAUUUGGUUACAGGUCUCAUGACUUUCACAGCUAAUGGAAAAGACAUCAACACCUACUAUCAGGUUGAACCAAGUAAGAAGCUAUUCCCUGCAGUCUUUGUUCAGCCUUCCAGCCAGAAUAUGUUCCAGUUUGAGCUUGGAAAGCUGAAGAACAUUAUGCCUAUUUCAGCAGCUAUGUUUAAGAGUGAACGGAAGAACACAAUCCCUCAAUGUCCUCCCAGACUUGAUGUCCAAAUGAUCACACCAGUAGUGUGGAGUCGGGUGCCUAAUGACUUCCUGAGUGUGGAAACUGCACGGAUCAGUGAGCGCCAUGGCUGGAUGGUAGAAUGCGUCGACCCACUUAUCAUGAUGGCCCUGCAUAUUCCGGAGGAGAACAGGUGCAUUGACAUCUUGGAGCUUUCUGAACGUAAAGACCUAAUGAAAUUCCACUACCAUACAUUGCUGCUAUACUGUGCUGUGUGCGCGUUGGGCAACAACCGGGUUGCCCAUGCAAUAUGUAGCCAUGUUGAUGAAUUUCAGUUACUUUACACUAUUGAGAACACAUACAUAUCAGGCCUCCUACGUAGUGGCUACUAUGAUCUACUUAUCAGUGUCCAUCUAGAGUCAGCCAAACGAUCUCGAUUAAUGAUGAAUAACGAGUUUAUUGUUCCAAUGACAGAAGAAACCAAGCAAAUUACAUUGUUUCCAGGAGAGAACAAAAUUUAUGGCCUCCCUGGUGUAGGAGUUACCACGUGCUUGAGACCCCCUCUACAUUUUGCCUCUUUAUCUUUUGUUGGCACCAGUGGUGACCGUUACCAGUUUAGUCCUGAGAUACCACUGGACAUUCUUAAAACCAAAGCUAUUAACAUGUUGACUGAGGCUGUCCAGGAUGGUGGGCAGCACACAAGGGAUCCAGUGGGCGGAAGUGUUGAAUUCCAAUUUGUGCCAGUACUAAAACUUGUCAGCACUCUCCUUAUUAUGGGAGUCUUUGAUGACGAAGAUGUUAAGCACAUACUUAAGAUGAUUGAACCUAACGUGUUUGCCGAGGUGAUAGAAGAAAUUGAAAAGAGUGAGGAUGAAAGUGCUAAGGAAGAAGAAACUCCAGCCGCCGAGGGAGAAGGAGAAGUAGAGGUGGAAGAAGCUGAAGAGAAAGAAGGAGAGAAAGAGGAACAAGAAGAGGUAGAUGAGCCCAAGGAGGACAAGAUUGCGGAAGGAGAAGAAGUGAAGGAGGAAGAACUAGAGGAGGGACUUCUGCAGAUGAAACUGCCUGAGUCUGUCAAAUUACAGAUGUGCAAACUUCUGCAAUUCUUCUGUGACUGUGAACUUCGACACCGGGUUGAAUCAAUUGCUUCAUUAGCUGAUAACUUUGUCAAUAGAAUGCAAACAGAUCAGAGGGAGCGCUACCGUGACCUUAUGUUAUCUUUUGAGAUGUCUGCAGCUGAAACUGCCAGAAAGACGAGGGAAUUCCGCUCACCACCUCAAGAGCAGAUUAACAUGCUGAUGAACUUCAAACUGGGGCCGGAUGAAGAGGAAUGCCCUCUCUCGGAUGAUGUGAGGGAUCUGUUGCUCCAAUUCCACACUAAACUUCUUACUCACUGUGGUAUUCAAAUAGAAGAAGAGGAAGAAGAGGAAGAAACGGAUACAUCGCUUAAAGGUCGCUUGCUAAGUCUUGUUGACAAAGUCAAAAGUUUAAGGAAGAAGAAAGAGAUGGAGGACGCUCCGCCUGAAGAAGAAGAGAAGACGCCCAGUACACUGCAGGAGCUGAUCUCUCACACAGUGGUGCAUUGGGCCCAGGAAGCCUUCAUCCAGAAUCCUGAACUGGUGCGGUUGAUGUUCAGCUUGCUCCACAGACAGUAUGAUGGUGUUGGUGAGCUUAUCCGUGCUAUGCCUAAGGCAUACAUCAUUAAUGCUACAUCUGUGGAGGAUACAAUAAAUUUGCUGGAAUGCCUGGGGCAGAUCCGCUCAUUGCUCAUUGUCCAAAUGGGUCCAGAAGAAGAGAGGCUUAUGAUUCAGAGCAUUGGAAACAUUAUGAACAAUAAAGUCUUCUAUCAACAUCCAAACUUGAUGCGUGCUUUGGGCAUGCAUGAAACUGUUAUGGAAGUAAUGGUGAAUGUGUUGGGAGGUGGUGAUUCUAAGGAGAUACGGUUCCCCAGAAUGGUGACAAACUGCUGCCGAUUCUUGUGCUAUUUCUGCCGCAUCAGCCGCCAGAAUCAACGAGCCAUGUUUGAUCACUUAAGCUACCUGCUGGAUAACAGUGGCAUUGGACUGGGUAUGCGGGGGUCCACUCCACUAGAUGUUGCAGCGGCUUCAUGCAUUGACAACAAUGAACUUGCCUUGGCCCUGCAGGAACCUGAUCUGGAUAAGGUGGUGACAUACCUAGCAGGGUGUGGACUGCAAAGCUGCCCUAUGCUUCUGGCAAAAGGCUAUCCAGACAUUGGGUGGAAUCCUGUUGGAGGAGAACGUUAUCUUGACUUUUUGCGGUUUGCUGUAUUUGUUAAUGGUGAAAGUGUAGAAGAAAAUGCCAAUGUUGUUGUGCGUUUGCUGAUCCGUCGCCCUGAGUGUUUUGGACCGGCCCUACGGGGUGAAGGUGGCAGUGGUUUACUUGGAGCCAUUGAGGAUGCCAUCAAGAUUUCUGAGGAUCCUGCCCGUGAUGGACCGACGGUCAAGAAAGACCGAAGACGGGAAUUGUUAGGCGAAGAGGUCCAUGAAGAAAAUCGUGUCCAUCUGGGUAAUGCCAUCAUGUCUUUCUACUCAGCGCUGAUUGACCUAUUGGGCAGAUGUGCUCCAGAGAUGCAUCUGAUCCAGGCUGGAAAAGGUGAAGCAUUGAGAAUCCGGGCAAUCCUGCGAUCCCUGGUUCCCAUUGAAGACUUAGUUGGUGUUAUAAGUUUGCCAUUGCAGAUACCUGCCUUUGGAAAAGAUGGCAACCUUGUUGAACCUAAAAUGUCAGCCAGCUUUGUCCCUGACCAUAAGGCUCCCAUGGUGCUGUUUCUGGAUCGUGUCUAUGGGAUAGAAAAUCAGGAUUUUCUCCUUCAUGUACUGGAGGUUGGCUUCUUACCUGAUAUGAGAGCUGCUGCCUCCUUGGAUACUGUUGUUUUCAGUACCACUGAGAUGGCUCUCGCUAUGAACCGCUAUCUCUGUACUGCAGUUCUUCCUCUGAUAACUAAGUGUGCACCACUGUUUGCUGGAACUGAGCAUCGAGCCAUUAUGAUUGAUUCCAUGCUGCACACUAUUUACCGGUUGUCUAGGGGCCGCUCACUAACUAAGGCACAAAGGGAUAUUAUUGAAGCGUGCCUCAUGGCAUUGUGCAGCUACCUCCGUCCAUCAAUGUUGCAACACUUACUCCGUCGACUGGUGUUUGAUGUACCAAUAUUAAAUGAAUAUGCCAGGAUGCCACUGAAGUUGCUCACAAAUCACUAUGAUAGAUGUUGGAAAUACUACUGUCUUCCAUCAGGAUGGGCUAAUUAUGGUGUGACCUCUGAGGAAGAACUCCAUCUAACACGUAAACUCUUCUGGGGAAUCUUUGAGUCGGUGUCACAGAAGAAAUACGAUGUUGACUUAUUCAAGGCCGUCAUGCAGUGUCUUUGUGCUAUAGCUGGUGCACUACCACCAGAUUAUGUUGAUGCCAGCUAUUCCUCCAAGGUCGAGAAAAAAGCUUCGGUGGAUGCAGAAGGCAACUUUGACCCUAAACCUGUAGACACGAUGAAUGUCAUAAUUCCUGAAAAACUGGACUCUAUUAUCAACAAGUAUGCAGAGUACACACAUGACAAGUGGGCUUUUGAGAAGAUACAAAAUAACUGGAGUUAUGGUGAAACUAUUGAUGAAGAAGCCCAGACUCAUCCGUGGUUAAGACCAUACAAGACAUUCUCUGAAAAGGACAGAGAAAUCUAUAGAUGGCCGAUCAAAGAGUCCCUAAAAGCAAUGAUUGCCUGGGAAUGGACGGUUGAAAAAGCAGGUGAGAUGGCGGAAAAGAGUGAGAAGGGGGAGAAGAAAACCCGCAAGAUUUCGCACUCCGCCCAGGCAGUCUACGAUCCGAGUCAUGGAUACAAUCCACAGCCCCCUGAGCUGCUGCACAUGACAUUGUCUCGUGAAUUGCAGUCAAUGGCAGAGCAACUUGCAGAAAAUUACCACAACACUUGGGGUCGUAAGAAAAAGCUGGAGUUACAAGCCAAAGGUGGCGGAACCCAUCCACUUUUGGUUCCAUAUGAUACGCUGACUGCUAAAGAGAAAGCCCGAGACAGAGAGAAAGCUCAUGAGUUGCUCAAGUUCUUGCAGAUGCACGGUUAUGCUGUAACAAGAGGUUUGAAGGACAUGGAACUGGACAUAUCCUCAAUUGAGAAGAGAUUUGCCUAUGGUUUUCUGAAGAAAUUGUUGCAGUGGUUGGACAUAGCUCAAGAGUUUGUGGCUCAUAUAGAGGCUGUUGUAAGCAGUGGAAGAGUUGAGAAAUCCCCUCAUGAGCAGGAAAUCAAGUUCUUUGCAAAGAUUUUGCUCCCUUUGAUAAAUCAAUACUUCAAGAAUCAUUGCUUAUACUUCCUUUCUACUCCAGCUCAACUCUUGGGCAGUGGAGGGCAUUCCUCAAACAAAGAGAAGGAAAUGAUAGCCAGUAUCUUCUGCAAACUCGCAGCUUUGAUCAGACAUAGAGUCUCCCUCUUUGGUACUGAUGCUGCCUCAGUUAUAAACUGUUUGCAUAUUUUGGGAAGAUCUCUGGAUGCCAGGACUGUAAUGAAAUCUGGUCCUGAAAUAGUGAAAGCGGGUCUGCGGUCAUUUUUUGAGGGAGCUUCUGAAGAUAUUGAGAAAACUGUGGAGAAUCUGAAGCUUGGUAAAGUCUCUCAGAGUCGAACACAAGUGAAAGGAGUUGCUCAGAAUGUCAACUACACCACAGUGGCUCUUUUGCCUGUACUUACCUCGCUGUACGAUCACUUGGCACAGCAUCAGUUCGGAGAUGAUAUCAUAUUGGACGACGUUCAAGUCUCUUGCUAUCGAAUCUUGUCCAGUAUUUAUUCUCUUGGAACCACAAAGAACACAUAUGUGGAAAGGCAGCGUCCCUCUCUGGGUGAAUGUCUUGCCCGACUUGCAGCUGCUAUGCCAGUGGCCUUCCUUGAGCAUCAUCUAAAUGAACAUAAUAUAUGCUCAGUUUACAACACUAAAACACCACGGGAGAGAGCUAUUUUGGGUUUGCCGAGCAGUGUUCACGAGAUGUGUUCAGAUAUUCCUGAUUUGGACCACCUCAUGAAGGAAAUUAAUGAUCUCGCAGAGUCUGGUGCCCGUUACACUGAGAUGCCUCAUGUUAUUGAAAUUACACUUCCUAUGUUGUGUAACUACUUGCCACGAUGGUGGGAACGUGGAUAUGAGAUUAUUGCUGAUGAAGACGUGCCAUGCUGCACUAAUGUCACUUCUGAACACCUUAAUGCCCUGCUGGGAAAUAUUCUGAAAAUCAUAGUUAACAACUUGGGUAUUGAUGAGGCAUCCUGGAUGAAAAGACUUGCAGUUUUUGCACAACCAAUUAUCAGCAAGGCCAAACCUGAGCUGCUGAAAUCCCAUUUUAUCCCUACUAUGGAAAAGUUAAAGAAGAGGUCAGGAAAGGUGGUGGCCGAAGAGGAUCAACUGCGCAUGGAGGGCAAGGGUGACUCCGUGGAGAGUGAAUUACUAAUUCGAGAUGAAUUUUCUGUCCUCUGUCGCGAUUUAUAUGCAUUGUAUCCACUGCUGAUUCGCUAUGUGGACAAUAAUAGGGCAAAGUGGUUAACAGAACCAAACCCUGAUGCUGAAGAACUCUUCAGAAUGGUGGGAGACAUCUUCAUAUUGUGGUCAAAGUCACAUAAUUUCAAACGUGAAGAGCAGAACUUUGUGGUGCAAAAUGAAAUCAACAACAUGUCAUUUCUCACUGCAGAUAGCAAAAGCAAGAUGUCCAAGUCUGGAGGGUCUGACCAGGAAAGAACAAAAAAGCAGAAGAGAGGUGACCGUUACUCCGUUCAGACAUCACUGAUUGUAGCAACCCUUAAAAAAAUGCUUCCCAUUGGCCUAAACAUGUGUUCACCUGCUGAUCAAGAGCUGAUUAACAUAGCCAAAACAAGAUAUGCCUUGAAAGAUACAGAUGAAGAAGUACGAGAGUUUCUUCAGGAUAACCUCCACUUGCAAGGAAAGUGUGAAAAUUCUUCAUCUAUGCGAUGGCAGAUGGCGUUGUACAAGGACAUGGCUGGCAAGGCUGAAGACAGCAAUGACCCUGACAAAAUUGUGAAACGAGUACAAGAGGUCUCUGCCGUCCUGUAUCACUUGGAGCAGACAGAACAUCCUUUCAAGUCAAAGAAGAUGGUUUGGUACAAGCUCUUGUCAAAACAGCGCAGGAGAGCUGUGGUAGCAUGCUUCAGAAUGACUCCUCUGUAUAACCUACCAAGGCAUCGCGCAUCUAACCUCUUCAUCGAAAGUUAUAGAAAUUCCUGGAUUGACACCGAGGAGCAUUCGUUUGAAGAUAAACUAAUAGAUGAUCUGGCUAAAUCAGGUGAAGAGGAAGAGGAGGAGGAAGAGACAGAAGAGACGAAGCCUGAUCCACUUCACCAGUUGAUUCUACACUUUAGCCGUACUGCUCUGACUGAGAAAAGCAAACUAGAAAUGGACCAUCUCUACAUGUCAUAUGCUGAUAUCAUGGCAAAGAGUUGCCAUAUCAAGGAGGAAGAUGGUGAGGAAGAAGAUGUGGAAGAUGUAGAACUUACCUUUGAAGAAAAGGAGAUGGAAAAGCAAAGAUUGCUGUACCAGCAAUCCAGAUUGCACAGCCGCGGAGCUGCUGAGAUGGUUCUGCAAAUGAUUAGUGCUUGCAAAGGUGAGCCGGGUGUAAUGGUCUCCUCAACCCUGAAACUUGGUAUUUCGAUUCUGAAUGGCGGUAACUGUGAGGUUCAACAGAAAAUGCUAGACUACCUGAAAGAGAAAAAGGACAUUGGUUUCUUCCAAAGUGUGCAAGUUCUCAUGCAAACCUGCAGUGUGCUGGAUCUCAAUGCUUUUGAAAGACAGAAUAAGGCUGAAGGCCUAGGCAUGGUCACAGAAGAUGGGACCAGUGAGAAGGUGAUGUCAGAUGAUGAAUUUACUCAAGACCUUUUCAGGUUCCUACAAUUGCUCUGUGAAGGACACAAUAAUGAUUUCCAAAAUUACCUUAGAACUCAAACAGGUAACACCACGACUAUCAACAUCAUUAUUUGCACUGUCGACUACCUGCUUCGCCUACAGGAAUCUAUCAGUGAUUUCUAUUGGUACUACUCUGGGAAAGAUGUUGUUGAUGAACCAGGGAAAAGGAACUUCUCCAAGGCCAUGGCAGUAGCUAAACAAGUGUUUAACAGUCUUACUGAAUAUAUUCAGGGUCCAUGUACUGGUAACCAGCAGAGCUUGGCUCACAGCAGAUUGUGGGAUGCAGUUGUUGGUUUUCUUCAUAUCUUUGCACACAUGAUGAUGAAGCUUGCACAGGAUUCUAGCCAGAUUGAGUUGUUGAAGGAGCUCCUGGAUUUACAGAAAGACAUGGUGGUGAUGCUACUUUCUUUACUGGAAGGAAAUGUUGUGAAUGGAACCAUCGCUAAACAAAUGGUGGAUAUGUUGGUAGAGUCAUCUAGCAAUGUUGAAAUGAUCCUGAAGUUUUUUGAUAUGUUCCUAAAACUGAAGGACAUUGUGGCUUCUGAUGCAUUCAAAGAUUAUGUGACUGAUCCCAGAGGGCUCAUCUCAAAGAAGGACUUCCAUAAGGCAAUGGACAGCCAGAAACAAUACACACCUUCUGAGAUCCAGUUCUUACUAUCAUGCUCAGAAGCAGAUGAGAAUGAAAUGAUAAACUAUGAAGAAUUUGCAAAUCGGUUCCAAGAGCCAGCCAAGGACAUUGGUUUCAACGUAGCUGUGUUACUCACGAACUUGUCUGAACAUGUGCCUCAUGACACAAGGCUGCAAAACUUCUUAGAAUUAGCAGACAGUAUCCUCACUUAUUUCCAGCCUUUCUUAGGCCGCAUUGAAAUCAUGGGUGCCAGUAAGAAAAUAGAGCGCAUUUACUUUGAGAUUAGUGAGGCUAAUAAAACUCAGUGGGAAAUGCCUCAAGUCAAAGAGUCUAAGCGACAGUUUAUCUUUGAUGUGGUGAAUGAAGGCGGGGAGUCUGAAAAGAUGGAGCUCUUCGUCAACUUCUGUGAGGACACCAUCUUUGAAAUGCAAAUUGCUUCAAAGAUCUCUGAAACAGAUGAGGGGGAAAAGUCAGAAGAUGAUGAAGAGGAAGGGGAGAAUGUUGAGGGGAUAGAGGCUGAGAAAAUAUCUUCUGCAGCUGAGGCACCAUCUGCCUUUGCAACAUUCCUUAGCAGUAUUGUUGACUUUUUUAAAAUAUUCACCUUUAAAAAUAUCAGAAAAAAGUACAGAAAAAUAAAGAAGAUGACAAUUAAAGAGAUUGUGAUGGCCCUAGUGACCUUCUUUUGGACUUUGUUUAUUGGCAUUUUGCAGUUUACCUAUAACAUCUGCAGUGGUUUCUUCAUGAUAGUAUGGAAUACCUUGUUUGGAGGUGGCUUAGUUGAAGGGGCCAAACAUCUGACGGUCACUGAACUCCUGGCUAGUAUGCCUGAUCCUACUCAGGAUGAGGUCCAUGCUGACCUUCCUGACAUUAGCAAGGCAGAGGUUGAGGAAUUGACUGUCCAAUUAGAGUUUGAAGAUCAAGCUAAAGAAGAGGAAACAUCAGAGAAGUCCGAUGCAAAGAGAGAAAGUGGCCAAGUGAGGAUAGGCUCACCGGAGUCCAGCCUGGGACUUGGUGACAUUGUGGAAUCCGCACCAGCUGAACCCCCAACACCUGAGGGAACACCACCAAGUUUCAGGAAAGUGAGGCAACAGAUUGAAGCUCAGUUAGAAACCAAGGUAGAAGAUCAACUCAAGACUGAAGCUGAGAAAGCAGACACCGAGAAUGGUGAAAAGGCCGAGAAGGAUAUGAAAGAAAAAGAAGUAUUGGAGCAACCGGAAGAAGUAGGAGAAAAGGCGGAAGUAGAAGGAGAGAAGGAAGAAGGAGAAAAGGGAGAAAAAGGAGAAGGAGAGAAAGAGGAAGUGAAAGCUACCCCAGUAAGAAAGGCUAGGAAGAAAGCCAAACAGGAGAGCAAAAAGGAGGAACCAGAGGCAGUAAUGGAAUUCUGGAACGAGUUUGAAAAUUACAAGACUAAGCUCUUGAAUUACUUGUCAAGGAAUUUCUACAAUCUCCGUUUCCUGGCUCUGUUUGUGGCAUUUGCAAUCAACUUUAUCCUCCUCUUUUUUAAGGUGUCGCAGCUUGAAGAUGAGGAAGACUUUGAGGAAUCAGGCUUUGAAGAUGAAAUAGUUAGUGCUGGCUUUGGGAAUGGCAAUGGAGAUGAAGAGGAGGAGGAUGAAGAUUCAUUGGUUUAUUUUGUCCUUGAAGAGAGUACAGGUUAUAUGGCCCCAACAUUGAAAGCCCUCUCCAUUCUUCAUACUCUCCUCUCCUUUCUCUGCAUUAUUGGAUACAACUAUCUAAAGGUUCCUUUGGUCAUCUUUAAACGGGAGAAAGAACUUGCCAGGAAAUUGGAAUUUGAUGGUUCAUACAUUACAGAGCAACCGGCAGAUGAUGAUAUUAAAGGGCAGUGGGAUCGGCUGGUACUCAAUACGCCGUCAUUCCCACAUAACUAUUGGGACAAGUUCGUCAAAAGAAAGGUGUUGGAUAAGUACGGUGAUAUCUAUGGCAGGGAGCGUAUCGCAGAGCUGCUGGGGAUGGAUAUGAGUGCCUUGGAUGUCACUGUACCUCAGGAGAAAAAACCAGCAACUGACAACUCUGUUCUCUCAUGGAUCACAUCUUUGGACAUCAAGUACCAAAUUUGGAAGUUUGGGGUGAUCUUCACUGACAAUUCUUUCCUGUAUCUGUGCUGGUACAUGCUGAUGUCCGCCCUCGGUCAUUAUAACAGUUUCUUCUUUGCUGCUCACCUCCUGGAUAUCGCUAUGGGCGUCAAGACCCUUCGCACCAUCCUAUCCUCUGUAACUCACAAUGGCAAACAGCUGAUGAUGACUGUGGGCCUGCUGGCUGUUGUUGUGUACCUCUACACAGUAGUGGCUUUCAACUUCUUCCGCAAAUUUUAUAACAAGAGUGAGGAUGAAGAUGAUCCAGAUAUGAAGUGUGAUGAUAUGAUGACGUGUUACCUUUUCCACAUGUAUGUGGGCGUGCGAGCUGGUGGUGGUAUUGGUGAUGAGAUUGAAGACCCAGCUGGAGAUGAAUAUGAGCUCUACCGUGUUGUCUUUGACAUUACCUUCUUCUUCUUUGUCAUUGUUAUCCUCCUGGCUAUCAUCCAAGGUUUGAUUAUUGAUGCCUUUGGUGAAUUGAGAGAUCAGCAAGAGCAAGUGAAAGAGGACAUGGAGACCAAAUGCUUCAUUUGUGGAAUUGGCAGUGACUACUUCGACACAACACCGCACGGGUUUGAAACACACACUUUGGAGGAACACAACUUAGCAAAUUACAUGUUCUUCCUGAUGUAUCUGAUUAAUAAAGAUGAAACGGAGCACACGGGUCAGGAAUCCUACGUGUGGAAGAUGUACCAGGAACGAUGCUGGGAUUUCUUCCCUGCUGGCGACUGCUUCCGGAAACAAUAUGAAGAUCAGCUGGGAUAAAGGAGUCAUUAUAGCUGAUAAAGUAGCUGCCAGAAUAUUGCACUUGUAACAACCUAUGAAUUCUACCUGGUUCCUUGCUAAAGUUUAUGGAAUGAGAGUUGCCACUUUUUGCUGUGAGACAAAUGCUUGUAAAAAGAACAAAUACCUGAAGUGGAUUUUAUUACAUAUACAGUUUUUUUUCUAAACAAAAUACCUGGACCGGACUUGAUCGCAAACAUAAACUGGACAUGCUGCUUUUGCACACUCAAACCAGUUAAUGAGCCUUGGUAUAGAUUUGUACUUUAGUAUACAUCGAAAAGCCUGGAUAAAUAUUUUGUCUAACUUUUUUGUGAAUGGGGAGAAAGGUUGAAAAUAAGUGCCUUAGUCUUAUCUUGUUAUAAGUUAUACAGAACGAAGGCCUUUUUAUCUUUUCUGUUGUGCUGGUAAGGGGCUGCCACUUUUUCGCAAAUUUUGGUAGUUUACUUAGAACCAUUGUAACUGCAUCCUACUUUCAACCAUUAUUUCAGUCCUAAUCACUGAAAUAACCAUUUGAGUUCAAGCAGUCGUAUUGUACUUGCAAUAUUACUGAUCGUAGUGUUUUUUGGUGUGAGUUCCCAAGACCUAACUAUUGUCAUCAAAAGACAUGCUAAUUAGAGCAGGCAAUGUGUUUCAGAAACCAGAAAUGAUCAGAUAUCUUAAACUCAAGACCCAAAUACUCUCACUUGGGCAUGUUUUUUUUUCUACAAUGCCCUGAGCACAUUUUUAUAAUGAAUACAUGGAUACCAAAGCUGGUAGUAAAGGUUCGUACAAAUGGAGACCAGAAUGUACUUUUAAGUAGAUUUUAAAAAUGUGCUCUCCAAAGAUACAUCAGAUUCCUGAAAAUUUUUAAGCUGAAGUAAUUAUUGUAAUUAAAUUAAUUCACUUUGUGGAGGUAUCUUUAAAGUAUUUAUUUAAUUUGCUAUUGUGUCGACUCAAACUGCUACUUGUACCUUUUCUAAGUUUAUGAUCUCUUUAAUGAAAGUUAUUGACAGAUCCAUCUUGUGUAUAAGAGGAGCUGAGUGUAAAUGAAUUAUUGAGCAGCCUGCUACCAGAAUAGGUACAGCUUUCAGAAAUGGUUGCAAAGUUUCCUUUCUCCUCAUUAUUUUGGAAGAGAUGAUAGGUAUAGCACUUAGAAGCCCAGCUUGGUUUGCAAUUUUCAUUCAAACUGACUUUUCUGCAAGGAUAGGAAUGCAGGUUUUUUUUUUCCAAAUGAUGUCUCUACUUAGAAUUGAACAUUUGUGAAUCCCUCUUGAAUGUUCCUCUCUAAAGGUUAAAGCUAUCCAGGAACACAACAGAUGAAUACAUACCUCAAACAGCAUAUUCACACAAAUCCAAUUAAAAGAUUUUUUUUUAUUGAAGAGAGAAGCAUUUAUAUGCUGAAAACUGUUGAUUAUAGGAAAAUUCAAAUGCAAACUAGCUGAAGUUAACGCACGUCACAAAUAAGGUUAAAGCUUCCGUCGAUUGCCUUUCCCAUAUAGUGUUCAGGUUCAAUUCUUCAGCCAGUUGGCUCUGAAAAAUAUUAAAAUAAAGUAGGAUGCUUUUCCAGAAUUGUAGCAAAGUUCAACAAAUCUAAUUAUUUGAUUGGAUCUAAGUUGACAAAUAAAAUUCAACUUACUUGAAUGUCUGCACCAGUUAUAACCCAUAAAAAGUUUAACUCCGGGCAAACCAUCUUAGUUCCUGUCUCCACUUACACAAAUAAAAAUAGUUUGCUAGUCAUUCAUUGUUCAGCUGUUUAAAGAGGGAAAAUAAUCAGGGCUGCAAAUACGCCUUAUGAUGGUGAAAGAGCUUUAACUGUUCAGUUUGAUUAAGCAAAGAUCUGUAAUUCAUGUCAAGCAGUUUUGUUUUACCUUGAUUUGAGAUUUUUGGAGGAACUAGUGCACUGACAGACUCCUGUGAAGCAGAUUUACAGCUCAAAGCAGUGUUACAAUGCCACACACUUCUAAAUAAACUGGUUUAACUCUG